AUGGCCUCCGAUUCUCAGGGUCCGACGAUCAUGGCCGUCGCCAUAGUGUUUGGCGUCAUCUCGGCCAUAGUGAUCACUCUGCGUUUAUGGGCUCGUGUCUUCCUGGUGAAGCAUGUGGGUUUUGAUGAUGCCCUCAUUAGCAUUGCAGUCCUACUAUCGUGGGCUUUCAUGGCCGCUUGUAUUGCUGCUGUCCAACAUGGAAUGGGCAUGCACAUUGAAGAAGCCAUGGCCCACGAAAACAACAACCUGACGCCGUACUCGCAGAUUGUGUGGUUCAGCUCCAUCUUCUACAACGCAUGUCUGGGCUUCAUCAAGAUCUCGGUAUUGGCCCUCUACAUGCGGCUCGGGGACCGGCUCCUCCGCCGCCUGGCCGUUGUCAUGAUUGCCGUCGUCGGGUGCCAGGCCAGCGGCAACGUUAUGGCUUGCAUCUUUCAGUGCUCCCCCGUGGCCGCCGCUUACGAUCAGACCAUCACCGACAAGAAGUGUGUCAAUAUCAAUGCCUUUUAUCUGGCCAAUGCCGCUGUCAAUAUUUUUACCGAUCUUCUCACCUAUACGCUGCCCAUUAAGCUCAUCAUCAACUUACAGAUGCCCCGGAGACAAAAAAUUGGACUGGCAGUCAUUCUGUGCCUGGGUCUCUUUGCCUGUGUAUCCUCAAUCAUUCGCAUCACCUUUAUCCCACAAAUGCUGACGGCGCUGGACGCAACCUAUGUCAUUUCGGGCGCCAUGUACUGGUCCGUUAUUGAAAUAAACAUCGGCAUUCUGGCCGCAUCGAUCCCGUCCUUCAAGCCCAUUGCCUCGCGCUACGCCCCGCGCCUGUUGGGCUCCUCGUACAACCAGUCCGGCAAGGGUGGUCGCAACGGAUCCUCGUACCUCAAGUCGUCGGGCCUCGGCCGCAGCAAAAAUGGAACCAUGGAACUCCGCAGCGUCGAGCGCGGCGAUCGUUUUGGAUUGCAAAGUGGGAUCAACAGGACGGAAAUCGGAAAGGUGGCCGGUGCCGGAAUGGGCCACAGCGUUUUGGAUGAUAAUUCGAGCGAGGAGGCACUCUACAUUCCUCCCAAGGGUCAGAUCGGGGUGAAGACGCAAAUAGAGACAACAUACGCUGAGCGCUGA